AUGCCUAUUUCUGGGAGCGUGAGAGAAUUGGCCCUUUUUGGCGUCUGCGAGUUCCACAUUGGCUUUGCCGCAGGUCAGCUGCACCUUCAGCCCUCACACCAUGGCAGAGGAGUAAUGGAGCUUUUUUUUGCACAACAUAACACCGUCGGAGCUCAUUGCGUGCAGAUUGCCCCCAGCAACGCUAUUCCUUUAGCAAGGGCGGGAUUGCAACCCAACUCGAGCUACGCGAAGGUCAUUUCUGGGCUGCGGAGGAAAGCAGAGGCUCCCGUUUCUAAUUACUGCCCCGAAAAACAAAUCCCCCUCAACUUCAAGGACCCCGAGGCGGUGCGGGCCCUGACGUGCACCCUCCUGAAGGAAGAUUUUGGGCUGACGAUCGACAUCCCCUUGGAAAGGCUCAUCCCCACCGUCCCUUUGCGCCUGAACUACAUCCAUUGGGUGGAAGAUCUCAUCGGCCAUCAGGAGGCAGACAAGAAAGUGCUAAGGCGAGGAAUCGACAUAGGGACGGGAGCAUCGUGCAUAUACCCAUUACUUGGAGCAACUUUGAAUGGCUGGUACUUUCUCGCAACAGAAGUAGAUGAUAUGUGCUUCAAUUAUGCCAAGAAGAAUGUGGAACAGAAUAAGUUGUCUGAUCUUAUAAAAGUGGUGAAGGUACCACAGAAGACUCUUCUAAUGGAUGCACUGAAAGAAGAAUCUGAGAUUGUUUAUGAUUUUUGUAUGUGCAACCCUCCCUUUUUUGCCAACCAGUUGGAAGCAAAGGGAGUAAAUUCUCGAAAUCCACGGCGACCUCCUCCCAGUUCUGUAAACACAGGAGGGAUCACGGAAAUCAUGGCUGAGGGGGGAGAACUAGAAUUUGUCAAAAGAAUUAUCCAUGAUAGUCUCCAACUUAAAAAGAGGUUACGAUGGUACAGUUGCAUGCUGGGGAAGAAAUGCAGUUUAGCACCAUUGAAAGAGGAACUUCGGAUCCAGGGGGUGCCUAAAGUUACCCAUACUGAAUUCUGUCAAGGGCGUACCAUGAGGUGGGCACUGGCAUGGAGUUUCUAUGAAGAUGUACAAGUACCUUCACCUCCCUCUAAAAGAAGAAAACUAGAAAAACCCCGAAAACCGAUUACGUUCAUGGUCCUAGCUUCUACAGUCAAAGAGUUAUCUGUCAAAGCUACAGCUAUUGGCUGGGAUGCUGUGGAAGCCAUUGCUGUGGUUAGAGCCUGGGUAGAGAAGAUUCUUGAUGAUCUGAAGGUUCAACAUAAGCGUGUUCCUUGUGGAAAACAUGAAGUUAGCCUGUUUCUGACUGCAAUCGAAAACUCCUGGGUUCAUCUGAGGCGAAAGAAACGAGAGAGAAUAAGGCAGUUACGAGAACUUCCACGAGCUUCUGAAGAUGUUCUGCAAGCAAUGGAAGAGAUGAACAGCCAGAAAAACCGUAGCAGCAGUCCAGACUGUGAAAAAAACAAGCCUGAGGACUCUGAAAUGGGAUUCACGGUGCCUGAUGAGGAGGUCCACUUGACCACAGGUGAUGAGCUAAUGGAAGAAUCUGCUGCCAAAGAAGAACCCAGCGAGUAUGCGGAGCAGGAGGAGGACAUAGAAGCAAACCAGGCAGAAGGGUCACUUAGUAAAGGUUCCAGUAAUGUGAAGGAGGAACCUGAGCCUUCUGAGGAAGCUAGCAAUCUCACAACUGAAAAAGGACAAAACCCCAAAGAAACUGGUAGAUGCUUUCUCUUUAAGUGUUUGAUGAAUGUGAAGAAAGAAGGCAAUGAUGUAUUAGUAGAAAUGCACUGGGUUGAAGGGCAGAACAGAGACUUGAUGAACCAACUGUGCACGUACUUACGGAACCAGAUUCUUCGACUUGUUGCUAGUUAGCCCUUUUUCCUACUAUGGCAGGCCCAAAGUUUUCUAAGCUAUUUUUAAUUGACUAGAACUUACAGCUGGCACAAACUGUU